CGAGGAGGAUGAGUGUGGGUGUAAGAAUAAGGAAUAUAGCCUUCAGCGCUGCUAGUAUUGGGUUGAUACUCUACGGUGAUAAGCAAUUAACGCUUAUCGGAAUAGAAGACUGGCUAGCUCAGCAGAAUGUCGGAAGGUCACAAUUCUUGACGAUUGUAGCUGGUGUAUAUGGAUCUAUGUUAGCCCAUUUGUCUAUAAUAGUUGAUCAAUUCUUUGGUACUCAAACGACCGGUAGAAUAGCUCGGUCAUUGACGUUACUUGCAUUACCGGCGAAUAUAACAAUAACGUUGAUUUACUGGCCACUAUACCUCUUCCUGAGCCAUCUUAUUAGUUCGAAUACAGAAGUAAAGCUGCCGUUACUAACGGAUUUACUGAUACACUUCAUACCGGGUGUCAGUUUGCUGAUAUACACGAUCUGUAUUGAGGACUCACGACGGGUGCAUCUAUUCGGAAAGGAUUUGGCCAAGUUUAUAACAAUGGCUUUGGUCUAUAUCAGCUGGGUCGAGUACAAGGCAUUUGUAAACGCAGACAAAUUGCUACGCUACCCAUACCCAUUCUUGAAUAUCGUCGGAAAUACGGAGAGGAUAUCUAUAUAUUUUCUCGCUACAGCUAUCAGCUGGCUUAUAUUUGUAUCGCUCAAUCGAUGGGCUUCUUAGAUUAUGACGUUCACUUUUAAUUUAUUGAGAAACAUUCCGAGAGCGAGCCAAGUGGGUAGAGUUCAGCUCAGAGGUGCUACUAGUCAAUUCGCUGCAUUCAGAGGUUUAGCUACUAAACGCUUCACCAAGCAGCAUGAGUAUGUUAUAUACGAUGACGAAACCAACAUUGGUACUAUCGGUAUUACAAACCACGCACAGGAGAGCCUCGGUGAUGUCGUCUUUGUUGAGUUGCCAGCUCCAGGGAGCGUAGUCAAGCAGGGCGAACAAAUUGGUGCUGUUGAAAGUGUAAAAGCUGCCUCAGAUAUCUACGCACCACUCGCUGGUCACGUCGAAGCCGUCAACGACGAACUGAGUGAGCAGCCAAAUCUACUCAACAAGUCUCCAGAGGAAGAUGGAUGGCUCUGUAAAGUUAGAGUAACCGCUCCUGAACAGUUCAACGAAUUGCUCAACGAGGAGACAUACACUUCUUUGUUCGCUGCUGAGGAAUAAAAA